UAAUGUCUAUCAAAUUCAGGGAUAGCUCCUGCAUCAAUAAUUCUUGUGUUCCAAGUAGCCUGAAUACCGACCGUUUAUAUCAAAAAUAUGGUAAAAUCGCGGUUGAGCCAUUUUCUGGUGCCAACUUAGGUGAAGAUAGAAAAAAUACCCAGCACAAAAAGCAUCAACUCCCGAUAGCACUUCCUCCUCCUUUCGAGAAAAACCCCAGCGCUAUACCGUUGACGCAGAUUGACAAAACAUUUCUUGACGCAAACAAUUUAAUGCAAACUCAACCGGAAAAAUCAUGUAGACUAUUCGCACAGGCGGGAAAAAAUUAUGCUAAUGCCUUUAUGCUUCGCAAAGCUAGUGAAUGUUACAAUAAGGCUAUCGAAAUUCAACGUGCUUUGCUCACUAGAUCUCUGAGCUAUAUUACUAACCCAACAUUUUUUAGUGAUGAUAUAUGUUUACACACACUAUCAUCUCAUAUUACCUCAUCCCACCAAACCAAACAGUCUGAUUCUGUGCUGCACUUUCCAAAUGAAUGCAACAAGGAGAACACAUUUUUUGUCGCUCCGCAAAUAGAAGAUCUUAUUCGCAGGCUCAUUUUCCUUUUCAAAGCCAGGCUUUAUCUUUCUAGAAUUUUGAGGCCCUUCAACAAGAAGUUCUCAGCUAAAUUACUCCUAGAUGCAAUCGCAUGUAUAUUUCCGCAAAAUAUUUUGGACGCUUUAACAGAUAAAAUUCGAAACGAAGAAACCCUCCCUGAUUUUUUGAACACUCAACAUCAAUGUCGUGCUAUGGUUAUAAGGCUAGAUUCAGUUUUUCGUUUGGCUAAUUUGAAGAAUCGAUCUGACUUAAGAGAGGACAAGCUUGAUUAUCAAGUCGCUAUUGUGCUCGAGGAAAUAGCGGGACUUUUAAGUGAGACCGAGCUCGACUAUGCUAGCAUCGUUCUAUAUGAACUUGCAUAUCAAUUGCGUUCGUUAUUUGGGGAAUCCGCAAAAGUUAUUAAAAACUUGAACACCCUCGCCUUGCUCUAUGCCCAUGUCGGUCAAACCAUUCUUCAAAUACAGUGCUUAGAGGAAGCAAUUUGCUUGGAUAGAGGCAACAUCGGCAGUGAAGCCAACUUGAAUAUUCUGAUUGAGUUAUUAGAGCUUGCUAUUCUAUCAGAUGACCUGAUUCGCAUUCAAAAAUUGCUAUCUAUAAUUGACGAAGAGGCUGAUGGUUUCGGUCGUAAACAAAACAUCUCUCAUGAAAAAUGGAAACUGCUAGAUUUAACUGCUAGGCUAGCACAUGCAUAUAUAUGCAUAGACGUAGAUGCGAUAGAUGCACUAGAAGUAGAGAUUAAUACCAUUCAUAAAACAUCAUUGCCCUUAUUGGAGAUAAUUAAACACAGAAUAUUUUUGCAUGAACAAGUCAGCUGAAGCAUUGUAUAGUAAAUAUUAAAGUUUCUUUUCAAUCAUAUAUACUUCAA